UUCCCUCACUGCCUGCAACAUAAUAUAUUUUUUCAGCUGAGGUUUUCUAAAUUUGCAGAUUCGUUGCCCACCAGAAUCAAAUUAAACCACGGUCUAAUCUUCUGUUCAAGUUUCACGCUACUGGUUUCUCCCGUCCCGUCGAUCGCCUGCAUAAUCCAUGGAUGGCAUGGAACGCUGCUCCGCCAAUCACGCGCCUCUCACUCCAAUCACCUUCUUGGAGCGCUCCGCCGCCGUCUAUGCCGACAGAAUCUCACUCGUCUACGGACACCUCCGAUAUACUUGGAGAGACACACUCCAGCGUUGUACCAGGCUCGCUUCUGUGCUCGUCCGCUUGGGAAUCGCUCGCGGAGAUGUGGUUGCUGCUUUGGCACCGAAUGUUCCAGCUAUGUACGAGCUGCAUUUUGCUGUACCAAUGGCUGGUGCGGUUCUCUGCACCCUCAACAUACGUCACAAUGCAGCAAUGGUUUCUACAUUGCUAACCCAUUCCGAAGCCAAAAUCAUUAUUGUGGACUACCAGUUUCUACACGUUGUGAAGGGAGCCAUCAAAGUUAUGUUCGAGAGAAGAGAAAAAAAGGCGCCUCUUGUUGUCAUUAUUCAAGAGUUUGGUCAAGGUCGACCAUCCGACUCCAUCGACCCAGAUCAUCUAGAGUUUGAGAGCCUUUUAGCCACGGGAGAAGUUGAUUUCAAGAUCAGGCGACCUCGAGAUGAAUGGGAUCCAAUUUCUCUUAACUAUACUUCUGGCACAACAUCAAGACCAAAGGGUGUGAUUUACUCCCAUAGAGGUGCGUAUUUGAAUACUCUGUCUACCGUUCUUCUUAAUGAUAUGUCGCCACUCCCUGUGUAUUUGUGGACUGUGCCAAUGUUUCACUGCAAUGGAUGGUGUUUUACUUGGGGCGUGGCUGCACAAGGCGGCACCAACAUCUGCCAGAGGACUGUGACUGCUAAAGAAAUCUUUGCUAACAUUUCUCGACACAAUGUUACUCAUAUGGGCGGUGCACCGACUGUGUUGAACAUGAUUAUCAAUGCACCAAUUAUCGAACAGAAGCCACUCCCUGGGAAGGUAACUGUGAUGACUGGUGGCGCUCCACCACCUUCUCAUGUGCUCUGUAAGAUGAGAGCGAUGGGGUUUUUUGUGGUUCACACGUACGGUUUGACAGAAACAUAUGGUGCAGCAACUGUUUGCAGUUGGAGACCUGAAUGGGAUUCCCUUCAUGAGGAUAAACAGGCAAAAUUGAAUUCUCGCCAAGGAUUGCAGCACGUAGGUAUGGAGGAAAUGGACAUAAAGAAUCCUAUCACCAUGAAGAGUGUUCCAGCUGAUGGAAAAACUAUGGGUGAAGUUAUGUUUAGAGGCAAUACUGUGAUGAAUGGAUAUUUGAAAGAUCUUAAAGCCACAAGAGAGGCGUUUAGUGGCGGUUGGUUCAGGAGCGGGGACUUGGGGGUUAGGCACCCUAAUGGUUACAUAGAAUUGAAGGAUCGUUCGAAGGAUAUCAUAAUUUCCGGGGGAGAAAAUAUUAGCUCAAUUGAGGUUGAGUCUGUACUCUUCAGUCAUCCAUCAAUUCUGGAAGCUGCUGUUGUGGGAAGACCUGAUGACCAUUGGGGAGAAACACCAUGUGCAUUUGUGAAGUUGAAAGAUGGGCGUAGCGCUAGUGAAGAAGAGAUCAUAAAGUUCUGCAGAGAGCACCUAUCCCAUUACAUGGCUCCUCGAUGCGUCGUAUUUAAAGAUUUGCCGAAAACUUCAACGGGAAAAACUCAGAAAUUUAUUCUCAAAGAGGAGGCUAGGGCCAUGGGUAGCCUUCCAAAGAGGAUUAGCAAACUGUAAAAAUGCACCUUGAAACUUGAGAGGGAAGAGCUAAUGGCGUUCUGGUCUUGGUUGGCAUCGGUUAUUUGUAGACUUUUAUCCGUGGGGUUCGAUUCAAAGUUAUAGCUUAUAAAUUCUAAGGAUUGUGUUGUUUUAACGGAGAUUUUCAUCUUUUAAAUAAAAUUCAGUUUUAAACCUCAUUAGUUA